AGAGAUCUUGUGCGCGCACGCGUGGGGGGCAGUGUGCAUGAGGGGAGUGCGGGGGAGUGUGUUUGUGUGUGUGCAUGUGGGUGUGAGUGCUUGGCUCCCUCUCUCUUGCACACACACACACACACACACACACACACACACACACACACACACGAUAGGCUUAUCUGAACUUGAAGACACCCCACAUUCCAAGAGGCCGCAGGUUCCUGGGGAUGCCAGGGUUUCUUCAAUCAGGAAAAUCCUACUCUCAUCUUCCUAGAAGGGAUUAUCUUUUUUAUUCCUUUUUUUCCCCUUAUUUUUUUAAAUCUGGAAAAGAAGAGCACAAGUUGUACUCCCCCUCCCGCCCCUUCUUCUUGCUAAAUGCCAUGGAUAUAACUGAAUAAGCUGCUCAGGGCUUUCCCCGCGUGGAUGGUCCGAGGCCACCAUCUGCUUGCCUUCGCUGGAUUGCUGCAGCUGGAGAGCUUAGCGUGAGCCUGUAUCGGGCCAGAAAGGAUGCCUGGCAGAGCCAGGGAGCCCGGGUGCCCUGCGGAGCCGGCCUCGGAGCCUCCCCACCACGGGUAGAUGCCGCCUUGCCCAGGUGCCGAGGCUGAGCGACCGGACCAUGGAGACUCUGCUUGGUGGGCUGUUGGCUUUUGGCAUGGCGUUUGCUGUAGUCGAUGCCUGCCCCAAGUACUGUGUCUGCCAGAAUCUGUCUGAGUCACUAGGGACCCUAUGUCCCUCCAAGGGGCUCCUUUUUGUGCCCCCUGACAUUGAUCGGAGGACGGUGGAGCUGCGCCUGGGCGGCAACUUCAUCAUCCACAUUGGGCGCCAGGACUUUGCCAACAUGACAGGGCUGGUGGAUCUGACCUUGUCUAGGAACACUAUCAGCCACAUCCAGCCUUUCUCCUUCCUGGACCUCGAGAGCCUCCGUUCCCUGCACCUUGACAGCAACCGGCUGCCCAGCCUUGGGGAGGACACACUCCGGGGCCUGGUCAACCUGCAGCAUCUUAUCGUUAACAAUAACCAGCUGGGUGGCAUCGCUGAUGAUGCCUUUGAGGACUUCCUGCUGACACUAGAAGAUCUGGACCUAUCCUACAACAACCUCCAUGGACUGCCCUGGGAUUCCGUACGGCGCAUGGUCAACCUCCACCAGCUGAGUCUGGACCACAACCUGCUGGACCACAUCGCUGAGGGUACCUUUGCAGAUCUGCAGAAACUGGCCCGUCUGGACCUCACGUCCAAUAGGCUACAGAAGCUGCCCCCAGAUCCCAUCUUUGCCCGCUCUCAGGCUUCCUUGCUGACUGCCACGCCCUUUGCCCCGCCCCUUUCCUUUAGUUUUGGGGGAAAUCCACUCCACUGCAAUUGUGAGCUUCUCUGGCUGCGGAGGCUGGAGAGGGAUGACGACCUAGAAACCUGUGGGUCCCCUGGAGGCCUCAAGGGUCGUUAUUUUUGGCAUAUUCGUGAGGAGGAGUUUGUGUGUGAGCCACCGCUCAUCACACAGCACACACACAAGCUGCUGGUUCUGGAGGGCCAGGCAGCCACUCUCAAGUGCAAGGCCAUUGGGGACCCUAGCCCCUUGAUUCACUGGGUUGCCCCCGAUGACCGUCUGGUAGGAAACUCCUCCAGGACUGCUGUAUAUGACAACGGCACCCUGGACAUCCUUAUUACCACCUCUCAGGACAGUGGAGCCUUCACUUGCAUUGCAGCCAAUGCUGCAGGAGAGGCCACGGCCACAGUAGAGGUCUCCAUUGUGCAGCUCCCACACCUCAGUAACAGCACUAGCCGGAUGGCACCUCCUAAGUCCCGCCUUUCAGACAUCACGGGUUCCAGCAAAACCAGCCGGGGAGGGGGAGGCAGUGGGAGCGGGGAGCCUCCCAAAAGCACCCCAGAGAGGGCUGUGCUUGUGUCUGACGUGACCACCACAUCUGCUCUGGUCAAGUGGUCUGUCAGCAAAUCGGCACCCCGGGUGAAGAUGUAUCAACUGCAGUACAACUGCUCCGACGACGAGGUUCUGAUUUACAGGAUGAUCCCAGCCUCCAACAAGGCCUUCGUGGUCAACAACCUGGUGUCCGGGACAGGCUACGACUUGUGCGUGCUGGCCAUGUGGGACGACACAGCCACGACGCUCACGGCCACCAACAUUGUGGGCUGUGCCCAGUUCUUCACCAAGGCUGACUAUCCACAAUGCCAGUCUAUGCACAGCCAGAUCCUGGGGGGCACCAUGAUUCUGGUCAUCGGGGGUAUCAUUGUGGCCACACUGCUGGUCUUCAUUGUCAUCCUCAUGGUCCGGUACAAGGUCUGCAACCACGACACCCCGGGCAAAAUGGCAGCAACCACUGUCAGCAACGUGUACUCACAGACCAAUGGGGCCCAGCCUCCACCUCUGGGUGGGAUACCUGCGGGGCAGCUUCCUCAGGCACCACCCAAGGUUGUGGUGCGGAACGAGCUGAUGGACUUCAAUACGAGCCUGACCAGAGCCUGUGACUCUUCUUCCUCCAGCUCUCUGGGCAGCGGGGAAGCUGCUGGUUUGGGCCGGGUUCCCUGGAGGCUCCCACCCCCUGCUCCUCGUCCCAAGCCCAGCCUUGACCGCUUGAUGGGAGCCUUUGCCUCCCUGGACCUCAAGAGUCAAAGGAAAGAAGAGCUUCUAGACUCCAGGACUCCAGCAGGCAGAGGGGUAGGGACAUCAGCCAGGGGCCACCACUCAGACCGAGAACCACUGCUGGGACCCCCAGCCACCCGUGCCAGGAGCCUUCUCCCUUUGCCCCUGGAGGGCAAGGCUAAACGAAGCCACUCUUUUGACAUGGGGGACUUCACAGCUGCAGCCACGGCUGCUCCUGGCGGCUACAGCCCCCCUAGGCGUGUCUCAAACAUCUGGACUAAGCGCAGCCUGUCUGUCAAUGGCAUGCUCUUGCCCUUUGAAGAGAGUGACCUGGUGGGAGCUCGGGGGACAUUUGGCAGUUCAGAGUGGGUAAUGGAAAGUACUGUGUAGCCAGGGUUGGAGCACCCUCCCUCCCACCAUCAAAGUGGGAGAGGAAGGGGACAGAGUCAUCACUGGCAAGUAUUUGUGGAGUUUCCAUGGUGAUGUUUACAUCCAGGGACAGUCUUGUCUCCCUGUCAACAGCCUCAUGUUCUUCUGCCCAGCUACACCCCUCUCCCCAAUGUCACCUUCCCAGGCCUGUCCCCACCACCCAGCGGGGUGUGCUCAGGGAAUGGGACUCGCUCAUGUGUCAGACUGAGCCCUGAGUGUUUGGAGAGGCGACAAACUGCCUUUCUACUCACAAAUGUAGCGACAAGCAAGCGGCUUUGGAUUGCUUAUGGAUCCAGUGUUGUUUUGAUUUCUUAAUUUAUUUUUCCAUUUCCAAGACUCCUCUCCAUUCUUCUGGAUAACCGAGAGUGUCCUCUUCUAGUGAAAGUGUGUCCCCAGCAGGCUGGAGGGGUGCGAUAAGAGAAGGGUGGAGUAGGUAAUUACCGAGGAGCGACAAAAUUUGAGUAUGUUGUGCAACCCGCGGCCCAGAGACCCCAUAAUCCCUGGCCAACUCCACAGCCUGCUCUGGGAUGUGUGAAUGACCCAGUUUCCUUUGUUUCUCAGACAUGACAUCCAGCUACAGUACAGCACACUAGGAGGGCUUCACAAUGUAGAGCAGGGAUCUUCUCCCAGGAUGUUGCCCCUUUUCCUGGGAUUCUACACGAGCUUCUGCUGAUCAGAAACUCUUAGGGAACAUGGGUGAGGCACGAGAAGGGCAUUGCUGGAGCCCUGAGAAUAGACCACUAGAUGACAGGAGAAAGAGAAAGACCUUUCCUCUCUUUGGACCUCAGUUUCCCACCUGGCAAACCCGUUAACGGGUUCCAGAAGGCUUCUAAAGAUGAACUAGGGCCUCCCAACUCUAGGUGUGUGAUGUAUACCAGGUGGAAGCAGGAACACAUGCCACCUGAGCUGCCCCAACCAUCCCAUGGCAUGAUGGGAAUGUGCUCAAACUCUGACACAGAGGCUGAAUCUUCUUUUAAAAAAAAUUCUUCUAGAGCUUGGGAGAUAUCUGUGACCAACCCAUCCUUAAAUGGUCCUUCCUCUUCCUAGAGCAGGAAGUUUGCCUAAAGAGACUGAGCUGGAACAGAGGCCAAAGGCUACCUACCUCCUGGGGAGGCUUUUAUUCUCCAUGACCCAGCCCUCCCCCCACCUGCCCUCCCCUCCCCCAUCCCAACUAGGG